GUUCGGACAGACACGCACUACCAGGCAGCCCAACCCACCCGCGAGCUAGGGUUUUCCAGAGUUCCAGAACCCCCACCUCCCUAACCCUAACCACCCAUCCUCCCCGGCGGCGGCGGCGGCGGCGGCGAAGAGAAGAUGAGGCCGAUCCUGAUGAAGGGGCACGAGCGGCCGCUGACGUUCCUCCGGUACAACCGCGACGGGGACCUCCUCUUCUCGUGCGCCAAGGACCACACCCCCAACGUCUGGUUCGCCGACAACGGCGACCGCCUCGGCACCUACAGCGGCCACAACGGCGCCGUCUGGUCCUGCGACGUCUCCCGCGACUCCACCCGCCUCAUCACCGGCAGCGCCGACCAGACCGCCAAGCUCUGGGACGUCCAGACCGGGGCGGAGCUCUUCACCUUCCGCUUCGACGCCCCCGCCCGCUCCGUCGAGUUCGCCAUCGGCGACGGCCUCGCCGUCAUCACCACCGACAACUUCAUGGGCAACGUGCCCACCGCCCAGGUCAAGCGCAUCGCCGACGACCCCGAUGACCAGUCGGAGGAGUCUCUUCUCGUGAUUUCUGGCAUCAAGGGGAGGAUUAACAGGGCUGUAUGGGGGCCGUUGAACAGGACCAUCAUCACCGCCGGUGAGGAUGCCACCAUCCGCAUUUGGGACACUGAGACUGGAACAUGUCUGAAUGAGUCAGACAAAGAACAAGGACACCAGAAAACAAUUACUUCACUUUCAAAAUCUGCAGAUUGGUCACAUUUCCUAACAGGCUCCUUGGAUAAGUCUGCUAAGCUAUGGGAUACAAGAACUCUGACCCUGAUCAAGACAUAUGUCACCGAGCGACCUGUUAAUGCUGUUGACAUUUCUCCUCUUCUAGACCAUGUGGUUAUCGGAGGUGGUCAAGAUGCGAUGAAUGUGACUAUGACAGAUCGUCGAGCGGGAAAAUUUGAAGCGAAAUUCUUUCACAAGAUUUUGCAAGAGGAAAUUGGUGGUGUAAAAGGCCAUUUUGGACCAAUUAACGCACUGGCAUUUAAUCCUGAUGGACGGAGCUUCUCGAGUGGUGGUGAAGAUGGAUAUGUAAGGCUGCACCAUUUUGAUUCUGACUACUUCAACAUCAAGAUUUAAAGCAAGAAGUUGUGAAACUCUGAGGCUGCAUUUGAGGAAGGCCGAAGGUACCUUUUGGUUGGGAAGAUGUUUCAUCUCCUGUCAUGUGGAAGAGACUAAGGUGCAGUGUUUAGCUACUGACAGUGUACUGCUUCUCAGACAUUCUUGUUGCACUGGAGAUCCAGAUUUUUAGAUGCUCAAGAGAUUUUGUACAUUCAGCAAUCGAGGGCUCCUUAUACUGCAAUACUAGCUUAAUUCUGUUUUCAUCGUUGUUGGUUUACUUUGACCAUAAAUAUAUAUCCAGUUUUGGGCAGAUCCUUCGUCUGUA